AUGACUGAUUUAAGGAUCAGUUAUUAUUUAUGAGAAAAAAAAAGGAGAGAAGAUUCGAAAAGAUUUAUAGAAAAUUAUUAAAGAAUUAACAUUGAACACACAAAAAAUACAUGUCCUUAUUAAUUGUUAUUUAGCUGUACAACACGAGAGAGGUCCAAGGAAGCCAAAGCAACAACAAUCGCCGAUCGCACCACCUUUACACAAUGAUCGAUUAAGAGCUAGUCUUGGAUCCCCUUAUGUUCUAUUGCAUCAAAGGUGCGACCAGAGGUUCUCGCCUUAUCCACGGCCAGUGGCACUGGUGCAGAAACCACCGGAGGACUCUCCAUCCCCGGCACCAUUGGCUCUACCACAUUCUCCUUCGACCACGACCCUCUACUCGGCACCCCCGAGCGUCGCCCUGACACCGCAGCCACCCCUUCUUCAGAUACUAAUGUCCGCGGAGCAGUGUCAGGAACUUGUAUGGAACGCGCCAUUACAAUCGGAAACAGAAUACUCUUUGGAACAAACAGAAGCUAGUCAUAAUUCCACAGGAACUCUAUCAAAUCUUAAUCCCACGCGAGAACUAUUACAGGAAACUACUGCACGUUUACUAUUUAUGGCAGUAAGAUGGGUUUGUUGCUUACCCCUGUUCCAAUCACUUUCGAAGAACGACCAAUUAUUGUUACUCGAAGGUUCCUGGACACAACUUUUUCUCCUUCAUCUGGCACAGUGGUCUAUGUCUUGGAACAUUACCGGCUUAUUGGAAGAUGAACAGGUACGAGCAAGAUUGCCAGACGAAGCUACAACAAAUCAACAAUUAAUUACUAUUCAGAAACGGAGGGUCUUCAUGCCAGUGAGUCGAUCAAAAUGUUACAAGACCAGGCUCAAUGCAUCCUAGGAGAUUACACGAAGUCUCGUUAUCAACGACAACCGGGCAGAAGCGGGACAUUAAUGCACGUUGUCGGACGUUUAACAUCCAUUUUCCCAAAACUGGUCGAACGUUUGUUUUUUCACGAAACUAUAGGCGAAAUUCCGAUUUCUCGUUUGUUGGUUGAUAUGUAUCAAAUGAAAGGCCACACAAACUGA